UAUUGGGAAAUAAAACGAAAUAGAAAAGAUUCAAGGGUUUAUUAUAUUUUUUUUUUGUUCAUAGAUACGUUGCACCAGCUUACUGUUAUUUAAUCUAUCGUCAUGCAAGCUAUUUAUAAAAAUUAUCAAUAUAAAUAUUUUGUCCAGAAGUACUUGCAGAAGGCUGACUAAAAAACUAGUCAAUUUUGGGCAAUUUUUGUUUACUUUCUUCUCUUUCUUGGCGUUGUUUGCGUUUAAAUGCACCACUGGGUUUCUUUUUUUUUAUCCAUAAUAUUAGUUUUCUAAUUUAUUUAUGCAAUAUUUAUGUAAUAUUGUACUCAAGUAGGUGCCGGGGAAUCCCCGGCAAACAUUUUAUAGCCGCCAGUGUUACCACAUUUGACGGUUUAAAAAAUGUCAAAAAAAACAUCACGUAAUUAAUGGACGGCCCCCUACCGCAUGUUGCUUAUAUUUUUCAAGGUAUUUUGAGUUAAAUAGUGAGUAGGCGAAAUCUAUAGAUUUCUUUACGUAACUAUGUAUACAUACUAUAAUCAAAUAAAAUUGAACUUUUGUAUGGAUCAGUACGAAAAAUUUAUUGACAUACGCUUACUUACUCCUGAUACAUUAACUUUUUAACCAUUCUCGAAAAAAAUCUUGACUCGAAGUUCACAAUCGCAUUAAUCACAAUAACGAAAAUCGAUAAAUAAUAAUAUGCAGAUAUUGAUAUCCGACAAAUUGGUGAAAACAUCAAUAACACUGUCAACCCCACACAAAUAAUUUAGGGGAAUUCCGUUUUUAUAACUUUGGAAUUUCUCACAACUGAGUUGCCAUGAUUAAACUUGAGUUGCCACCUGUCAUAUUUAUUUUGAAAAUGGGAGAAAUUUUCAAAAGUUGAGUUCGAUUCUGGUAAAGAUUCGAGGGCCCCCUGAGCUUGGGGGCCCCGGGGCACUGCCCCGCCUAGCCCCUUAGUAGCUACGCCACUGCGCAUAAUUUAAAUAGUAUAUGUGUAAUUGAUUAUGAUGUGAUUGGAUGUCAUUAAAGUAAAGUUGGUGAAUCAGAAAAGUGAUUUCAUACCACUUUUACUUAUUUUGUGCAGACCACUAUGAUUUUUUGCCAUCCAUUCACAGCUAAAGGAAUAAAUAAGUUUUCCCUUACAUUAUUUAGAAAAAAUUCGGAGUGACAAAAAUAAAAGUAUAUUUUUUUGAGUACAUAAGUAGUAUUUAUUAAUUUAGGUAAUGCUAUUAAACUUUCAGCCGGCGGUUUCGCUUUAGAAGCAAGUAAGUGGUCCUGUAUUAUAUUAUAUACAUAUAUAAACUUUCCUCUUAAAUCACUCUUUAUGUAAGAAUAUUGAUGAAUACCGCUUUAAAAUCCAUUGAGUAGUUUAUAAGAUUCCAGCGAUCCCAGUGUACAGAAAAUGGAAAGCGUUUUUGACAUGUUAUAAUAAGACUUUGUUUUUAUGUAUACGUAGAAUGAAAUACUGUUUAUCUGUUCCAUUAUUUAUUUUAAGUAAGUAUGAAGCUUGUAAUUUUUGAUGUUAUGUACCACAGAUAUAAUACUAAACUGAAAAGUCGUAUACGCAGAGCCGUAAAAUAUAAUAAAAAGACAUCUGUCAUAAUACGUCAUUGUCAUUGUAAGCUGGCACUGCGGUAGUGUUUUGUCUAUUUAACUCUUAUCUUUUUACGUUUGUUCAUUUGUUUCUUUCGGUUUUAGUUAAUAAUCGAUAAAACAAUAUAUCGACGUAAUCUUAGUUGUAGAUUUGAGUGUUUGCCUAAAGGAAAUUAGGUCAACAAAGUGGUUAAGUUCAUAGUGACUCACUCUUUGAUUUUGUUUGUGUUGCGAUUUAGUAGCAUAACAAUGCUAUCUUGAAGAAUUAUUACUGUGUUUGUAAAGUGAAUGUUGCUCUAAUGGAUACGCCACCAGUUCCGAAACCUAGGAGUGGAUUGACACUUCAGAAUGAUCCGUUGAAAAAACCAGUGCCUCUUCCACGUACAAAAGUGCCAAGCAAUAUCGAUAGAGUGUCAGCUUCGGACAUCCUUCGAUCUAUAAGCUCCGUAUCGAAACAAAUUGGCGAAGAUGUAGCGCAAAAAGUUACAAGUUCUGCUAAGAGCGCCAAUGAAAAACUCGAAAAAUCCUUAAUUGAUGGAUCUCGUUUUGCAAAAGGUACUUUUGAGAAAACGCUUACUACGUCAAAAGCAGUGCGUGAUUCGGUUACCAAGUCUGUUAUUGAAGGUACUAGAACAGCUGGACUGAAGUUGAGGAGACAGAAAAGAGUUGAUAGUAGUGAAGAGGACUCUCAAAGGUGUGUCUCUAUGCCUGUCGUAGAUGUCAGUCUUUUUGACAACAUUCAAUUUCAUUCACCGCUUCUUGAACAGAAAAGAUUUAAUAAUGAUACAGCACAAGGCAGGGAUUUACCAACAAUGCAUUUAAAUGCAUCACAUUUAGAUGACUUAUCAUUGUUUUCUAAUAAUUCUGAUUCUAAUACUGACACUGUCAGUGAUUUCUCAUAUGAUGGCAGAGAAUCAGAUGCUAAUAACACAAUAUUAAGUUCAGAGAAUGAGCAAAUGAUGUAUGAUACUCCAAGAUUGUCUCGGACAAAUAGUAUUGUUAGCACAACAUCCACUCCUGAAGUGCCAGAAAGAAGAAAAAAGAGAGAAAGCGCUAUGGAGGUCAUGCGCCAAAAUUCUCUGUAUGAAAAUUGGACCUUGCCUCACCCUACUAAACCAAAUGUAACUAAUAUGUCACCGACUUCUCAAAUGGAAGAGAAUAUUUAUAGACCUAGCAAGAGUACAAUUUAUGAAUUUGAUCCAUUGAAUACCACUAAUACUGCACAGAAAUAUGAAGGUGUCAGUAAUGAACUUAUACUCCUGGAAUCUUUUCUUAUUGGUGAUACUUAUGGUUCAAUUGUAAAAGCAGACAGUUGUGACGAUUGUACUGAUUAUAGAGACAGUGAAUAUUUCAAUCCUCCUACACCGCCAGAACGAUCAGAUAGUCUUUUCAAUACUGAAACUCCAACCACCUCUGCAACUAUCAAAGACAAUAAUUCAAAUUGGUUUAUUGACGAACCUAACAACACAAAAAGUUCUGUGGAUGAAACGAAAACUUCAAAUUCUGUUAUGCAGAGAUUUUCUAAUAUGUUAAAAUUAGAUAGUAAGUUACAGAGACCUAUAAAACAACCAGUACAAAAAGUUGAAGUUGUCGAACGGCCCCAAGUUAACAGUGAGCCCAUAUCAUACUAUAGUGGUAUGUUAACGAGAAUUGUACCUGCUAUGGGAGAAGAUUUGUUCAAAAAUUCACAGACCAGAUACUGUGUACUGUCGGAACAAAAGUUUGUGUGUUAUACAGACCCUACAAACAACAUUGUAAAAGAAGUAUAUACUCUAGAUAAUAUAUAUUCAUUGCAAAUUGUUUUGCCAUUAUCAUCUAGGUGAGUGAGUAAUAAUGAUUAAUUAAUAUGUAUAUGAGUUAUAUUUGAUUUCAUUCAUUAGAAAUUUUAACUAUUCUUUUCAUUAGCUAAAUGUUCUCCAUAAUCUAUUCAUAUCUACUGUCAUUAAGUCUUAUGCUGUGGACAUUGAAUAAUAAAACAUGAUUUAUCAGUUUAUGGCACAGAUAUUAUGUUGCACAUUUUUAUUUCAUUCUUAUUGAAUAGUGAUAAGUUAGCUUUAUCAUGUAGGUAGUAGGUGUAUUAUAACUCACAGAUUACAUUUAAAGAUGUUUUAAUAUGUGAUAUAAAAUAAUUGUAAAUGAUACGAUCGCUUGCUUUUAGCACACUGACAUUAAUAAUUUUAUUAUAUAAUCUAUUUUAAUACAUACAAAUAUAUUGAGUUCCAAGAAGUAUAGUUAUAUAAAAUCAAAGCAUAUAAUAAACCUGGUAUCAAAAGCUAUUUACAUAUUAGAGCACAGUUAGUUGUGAACAAUAAUGUUUCAAGCUUAAAAUCAUAUUUGGACUUAUGUGUCAUAAACAAAACUAUAAUAUAACAAAAAAGACCUACUACAAACUUUUUAAUGUUUUUCAGUUAUCACAUCUAUUAACUAAGCAAAGGUCAUGUUGCCUACUUUUUUUUCACUUUUGUAAUUGAGUAGUUUUAUCCGAUUUAUUAUCUGUCACAUCUAUGGACCUCUCAUGGUUGUUUUAUUUUAAUACCCUAAGCAAGAAUUUCGAGGUUGAUAAUAUUUUUAACAUUUUUUAAUUAGAACUUGUUUCCUAAUCACAUCUAAAUAUAUUGGCAAUAUAUAGAUGAAGUAGCUACCCGAAGGUGAAAGAAUUUUUAAAAUCGGUCCAAUAGUUUCAGAGCCUAUUUGUUGCAACCAAACAAACAUACAAACAAUCAAAUCUUUCCUCUUUAUAUUAUUAGUAUAGAUUAAAUAUCCACAUAUUCACAAAUCAUCAACCAUAAUUCUUCUUAUUGUAAGUAUUGAGCUUUAUCAUUAUUUAAUUAAAAACUGUAAACAUUUGCCAACAGCACAUCCAACAACUCCUACUGUUUCGAGUUGAUGGUGAAUUCCGGAGCUAGAAGUACACCACGUAAGGUCCUGUUCAGUUGUGCCAGCGCAUCGGAACGGCGGAACUGGGCGCAAAAGAUAGCAGAGCAUUUGACUAUUGGAUUUCCCACGAAAUAUACUGCUGAAUACACGCGAUGCGGUUGGUGUUAUCUCAAGGAGGGAGUGACCGGCGAGUGGAAAGGGGCAUGGGUGAUGCUCAUCCGGAGGGUCCUUGUGUACUACACCACCAAGGACCCCGACAUCUGCACAGUAGACCUGAGGAAGACCAGAUGCGUUGUCUCUCAAGAUGCUGACGAUGAGACGAAACAGUUCUGCCCAACAGAUGGCAGUGGUAAUCUUCUGCUCGACUGUCCACACGCAACAUUGUAUUUGCGUUUCCCACACGAAAGGGAAUUAAAGGGUUGGCGAUACAUGAUAAAGUUGGCGGCUCACAACAACGGCGCACAGAUCCACCAUCAGCAAUUGACCAAGGAGGACGUACCAACUGUCGUGGAUAAAUGCAUAAGCUUCAUAUAUGCUCAUGGAAGUCUAUCCGAGGGUAUAUACCGUCGUGCGGGCAGCAGUUCCGUGCUGUCGGAACUGUUGGCGAGAUUCCGUCGUGACGCGUGGUCGGUCCAGCUCAGCCCCGGGCAGCAUUCGGAGCACGACGUCGCCGGCGUCCUGAAGAGAUUCUUCAGGGACCUGCCUGAAUCUCUCGUGCCACAGGAAAAGCAUCAGGCUCUCACUACGGCCUUAGGUAACUUUGCCCAGCAAGAUAAUUUUGAGUUAACUACUAACAUUUUGAUAAUCAAUGCCAUUUUAAGAAACGUAUUUAUAA